CAGCACUGAAGAGACUGCAUGUGCCUUCUGGGGCUUCCUCUUCUUUCUUCCUUCCUGGGUGUGCACUCUGCAUUUAAGCCACAAGCUGAUUCAAGCGCUUGCACAGUUUCCUGACAGCCACGGACAGCAUGGAGGCGUCUUUGGGCUCUUUCGGGAACCCGAUCAGGUUUAAGGAUCAGGACUUUCAGAGUCUGCUGGAGAAGUGUCUCAAGUCCGGCGAGAUGUUCUCUGAUCAGAGCUUCCCAGCCGAGCAGAAGUCUAUCGGCAUGCCGGAGGAAGAUGACCCCAGAAAGGCCAUCAAGUGGAAAAGACCCAAGGACAUCAGUGAGAAAGCUGUGUUUGUAGAGGGAACCAUCGGCACCACUGACAUCUGCCAAGGUCAGCUAGGUAACUGCUGGCUGCUGGCGGCACUGUCCUGUCUUACCAUGCACCCCAAACUCUUUGUCAAGGUGGUGCCGCCCAACCAAAGCCUGUCUAAGUCUUAUGCGGGCAUCUUCCAUUUCAGGUUCUGGCAGUAUGGUGAGUGGGUGGAGGUGGUUGUGGAUGACAAGCUGCCAGUGCGAGAGGGCCGUCUGCUCUUCAGCUACUCUCACACCCGCAACGAGUACUGGAGCGCCCUGGUGGAGAAGGCCUACGCCAAGUUAAUCGGAUCGUACGGAAGUCUGAGGGGUGGCAACAUUUCGGAGGGGAUGGAGGAUUUCACAGGCGGUAUCGCGUACUCGCUGCCCGUCUCUUCUCACACGCCUCGCGUCUUCUGGAGGUUGCUGACAGCAGCCCUCGCCCGAGGCAGCCUGCUUAGCUGCUUUAUUCAGGCCAACAACUACAAGGAGGUUGGUAUGGUAAAUGCUGACGGGCUGAUAAAGGGCCAUGCCUACGCCAUCACCGAAACGGACCAGGUGAGGCAUGAGGCAAAUGAGAUUUUGCUUCUGAGGCUGAGGAAUCCAUGGGGCUUUGUUGAAUACCGUGGACCCUGGAGUGACAAGGGCAAAGAGUGGGAUGACAUAUCCAAAGAGGAGAAAGGGAGACUUGAAAUGAAACAUAAGGAAGAUGGAGAGUUCUGGAUCAGCGCUGAGGAUUUUUGCAAGAAGUUUGAUUUUGUGGAGCUCUGCAGUAUCAACCCUGACAACCUUCUGGAGGGAAAAACAGUGGAGCCCUUUAGCUCCUCAGCCUCUUCUAAAUGGACCAUCAAUGAGCAUGAUGGGGUGUGGCUGAAAGGAAGCUCCGCUGGUGGAAGCCGAAAAUACAACCGAACCUUUUGGAAGAACCCUCAGUUUGAGCUGGUUCUCACAGAGCAGGACCAGCCGAAUGAGGAAGAUGAGGAGGAGGAGGAGGACGGUGAUGAUGAGGAGGAAGGCGGAGCCCCAAACGACAGCAGGAAGACAGAAAAGCAGAAGAUUAAGGCCAAGAAGUGCACGGUGCUUGUAGAAAUCCUGCAGAAAGACCGCAGGCGCAAGGACAAAGUCCACUACCUCUACAUGGGUUUUCACAUCUACAAGGUUCCAUCUGAGCUUCAGGGUACAUGUCUGGAUCGCAACUUCUUCAUGAAAAAUCGUCCAGUUGGUCGUUCAGGGAAAUAUAAGGCUCAAAGGGCUGUGUGGAGGAAGGUCCACCUGGAACUGGGUUACUACAUCCUCGUGGCGUCCACCUAUCGGCCCAACCAGCCCGGAGAGUUCUUUGUCCGCAUCUUCUCCAAGACUGUCAACAGUUUGGGAACUCAGGAUUUUACAUGCUCCUCUGGCUAUCUACCGGUGACGACUGCUCCUGUUGCAUCUGAGGAUAAAAUUAGAGUUCUGAGGGCGUUUGAUGAAGAGGCUGGACCAGACGACAGGCUGAACCCCAGGGAGCUGAUGAAGCUCUUCAACUCAGUCCUGGACAAACAUUAUCACCUGCCGCUGGAGACAUGCAGGCAGCUCAUUUUUGGAGAAGACACAAAAGGACGAGCCAGUCUGAACCGUCAGCAAACAGAAGCCAUUCUGUCUGAUCUACGUCACCUGCAGGCCAUCUUUUUCCAGUUUGAUGAGGACUCUUCUGGUACCAUGAGUCCUUUUGAACUCAGUGUAGCUCUGCAGGCCAUGGGGAUGAAGUGUGACGGCAAAGUGGUCCAGCUGCUGUCUGAGCGCUUCACAUCCGGAGAGUUUCACCUGCCCUUCCGUGACUUCGUAGCCGGCGUCGCCCGCCUCCGCAAGCUUUUUGCGCUGUAUGAAUCAGAAAGCAGCCGUGAGGUGAAAGAGAGAGGCAUCAACGCUUGGCUCGUUCGGUUUCUGCUGGUGUGACGAGCAUCUCUGCGUGGACCCAGCAGAGCGUCAUUGACUGACACGCUGACAACACGUUACACAUAUGAACACACACAACUCCUUUACCAACAUUUUCUAUGCCCUGCAUCGCUAGACAACUUUCAGUAUGUUCUUGAACCCCCUCAAAAAAAUAAAGGUAACUAUAGUGCAUACUGUGGCCAGAGGUGUUUACAGUGAAUUCUCGAUGAUUCGCAACUCAUCAUUCACAAGUACAACUACUUACGUAGAACAUGACUAAAACUAUUCACUGAAAAAUGCACCUAGUGAAUCUAUAGUCUAACACACCCCUUUUCAAACGCCAGGUUUUGUGAAGUCAAAAAAUUAGACCAAGACAAAUCAUUUCAAAACUUUUUCUGCCAUUAAUGUGACCUAUACCCUGUACAACGCAAAGAACAACUGAUUAAAAAAAACAUUUAAAAAUGUAAUUAUUAUUGAGGGUAAGUACAAAUAAAAAAUUGAGAUAAUGUGGUUGCACAAAUGUGCACACAUUCUUAUAACUGGUGAUGUGGCUGUGUUCAGAAUUAACCAAUCCCAAAUGGGAGUCAGUACAAAACUGCCACAAAAUAAAGUUCAGCUGUUGUAGCAGUAGGCUUUUCCAGACAUGUUUUUUGCUUUCUAGCAGAAGCCUUAAUUUUUAUUUAUUGAUUUUAUUUUUUUAUUUUUUGCUAACUGACUGCUAUUUGGAACUGUUCAUAAUUCCCUCCACCUUGACAAAGGCCCCAGUUCCAGCUGAAGAAAAACAGCCUCUAAGCAUCAUGCUGUAUGGCAUUCUUUUGGUGAUGAGCAGUGUUUUCUUUACACCAAACACACCUAUAGGAAUUAUCGAUAAAAAGUUAAACCAUGGUUUCAUCAGACCAUCAUUUUCCCCCCCCAUGUGUUAGGGAGAAUUCAUGCGUGUUUUAGUAAAAUGUAACGAGGCUUGGAUGUUUUUCUCUGUAAAAUAAGAUCGCCACCCUACCCCACAAUCCACACAUAUGAAGAACGCGGGGGACUGUUGUCGAAUGUACUAAACAGCCAAUACUUCCCAGAAAUUGCUGCAGCACCUUCAAUGUUGCUGUCUGACUCUUGGUCGCCUCACUGACCACUUUUCUUCUCAUCUUUUCAUUAAUCUUGGAGGGACGUCCCGCUCCUUCUUGGUAAAUGUGAUUAGCUGGAUUUACAUGUAGACUUUGUCAUUCCGAUUUAUAUCAUUACGAUUGAAGAUCUCAGGUGAAGUGUUUACAUGUGACUUGAUUAGGGCUGCAGCUAUCGAAUAUUUUAGUAUUCGAGUAUCUAUCCAACAACAUUUUUAUCGCAUAAUCGAGUAUUCAUAUAAGUAUGCUUUUUUUUAAAGUUGAAUUUCAAUUUUAAAAAAUGUGGGCGUUUAUGCUUAGUUAAAGAACAAUUAUGAAUGUACAAGAUAAAAAACAGAUACAUUAAAAAUAAGCCAUUUCACUGAAUAAUUAGCGACCAAUUAGUUUUCCUUUUUAAAAUAAUCAACUGUUUUCCUUAAAUCCCAUUGGACAGCAAAUAGUAUUUUCUUGUCUCGAAACAUUUUUAGUGAGGCAAUUUCACACACAAAUAAAAUAAAUCAAACACAUUUAAAUACAUUUCAGUUUCAACUCAGCAUUUCUUGGCUGUAUAAAAAACAUCAGGCAUUAAUUAAAAAAAAAAAUGCAUAAAGAACAUUUGUUGUGCGCCUUCACUUGGGCAGCUAGCAUGUUAGCAUAUGACAUAAUACAGUAUACAGUAGGUUCAUGGCUGCGCGUUUAUGAGCUUAUAGACCAGCUGACUAAACUCAAAUGAAGACACCUCGAGAGGAAGCACAAAUAUACACAAAUUAAACAAUGGCAUAACAUGACCAAAGACUUUAAUAGUAAUGCGUAGCUUGGAACAACGUUAAACAAUCUUAAUUGUUGGGCAACCACGGCAGCAGAUGUCACGGAAUGCCAUGCAGCGCGCAUGGCCAAGCUUACAGCAAACUUGACGUGCCAAAUGAGUCCUCAAACAUAUAAACAAGUGCACCACCUCUAAAGCGCGCUUCUCCACAGGCUCCAAACAGACGCAAAAUAAGCACAUUAUUAACCAAAGUUGCGCUUACACAACAUCAUAGCUACAUGAGAGACAUCAAAGCGAUGAGCCCCAGCUGUCAAUCCAAUCGGCCAAAAUAGUCACGGAAAAAGUACACGCUCACUGAAGUGUUGUACAAAUCCAAAUACGGCAGUUUAACAAGUCAACUGCAGUCACUGCUCCGUGGUAGAUAUGAGCAAUUCGGUGUUCACCUUUCUGCUCAGUCUGAAAUGCACUUUUGGCAUUUCGUCUUUCUUUCCCCACCGCAUUUAUUUUCUCUGAUGUUGUCGCCAUCUUCUUCUUUGUUGUGCUUAAUGUGGUUUGCAAACUAAUAGUGUAUUUUGGCCAUUUUCCCGCUCCUUGAAUCAAAACAUGUGCGCCUAGCAUUGAUCACGUACGUUUGCUCUGUUGAGCUUCACAAUUCAUUCUUUCCUGUCAUUAACAGGCAGUACAUACAAAUAGUAUCAAACAGAGAGGGCUGGCCGUGAAUGAGUUAAAUAAGCGGAUGCCCGAGGCAGAAAAUAAAUCCUUGAUCAUUUUGUGUUCUUGAAGCCCUCGAAAUGCACGAGUAUUCGUUGCAGCCCAAGACUUGAUCUAUUCCGAUCACGUGCACUACAUUUAAUUGGAACAAUCGUUUUACAGACGUGUGACAUGCGCAGAUCUAUGUAAACGUCACGAUUUAUCAAGAUGGAGGUCAGUCGUCCAUUUAGCACAGUAAUUGUGAUUGUUUUUAUACUUUUAUUAAAGCAACGGCUUGAUAAAAAUAAGUUACGAGUGGUUUAAAACAAGCUCUCCAUUGCAGUCUGGCUCAGGUCGGAAGCCGACAUAUUUUCAAGUGCACAAACGACGACGUCACUGUACUUUUACGUCAAGACAGCAUGCGCAGACAGAACGCAGCCUGGCUUUUCCGAUUGAACCGGAUACAUGACUGUGGAUCGUUUAGGGAUAAAGUAUAUUCCACCCCUGCGAAAACCAUUCGGCUUCGGCCUGUUUAAAUGGAGCCUUUUUAAUCGGUUUGGGCUUCUAACCCGAUUCUAAUUGGAAUGCAAGGCUCUAUGUAAACCCGGCUACUGUUGUGCCAUACUGUAUUUUCUCCACACGAUGAUGACUGUUUUCACUGGGUUCCAUGGCAUAUUUAAUGCCUUGCAAAUUCUUUUGUACCCUUCUCCUGACUAAUAACGUUGAACAAUGAGAUCCCUCUGAUGCUGUGGAAGGUCUCGGCAAACCAUAGCUUGUGCUGUACAAUGUGACUACAACAACAACAGGAAAAGCCUACCAAAACAUCUGAACUGUAGUUGGGCUUAAUCAGAGACACUUUAAACAGUGGCGGGUGUGUGCUUACUCCCAUUUAACAUGAGUUUGAACGUGAUUGGUUAAUUCUGAACAGAGCCACAUCUCCAGUUAUAAAAGGGCGUGCACACUUGUGCAACCACUUUAUCUCAGAUUUGUAUUUUUAUUUCCAACUUUUGAAACGAUUUAAUCCCCCCCCCAAUUGGGUUGUACAGGUUGUGGGUCACAUCAAUGGUGGAAAAAGUUUCUAAAUGAUUUAUUCUGGUCUCAUGAUUUUUAUUUCACCAAAAAACUGGCAGCUGAACAGGGGUGUGUGUAGACUUUUUACAUCCACUCUAGCUGUAAUCACACAACUCUCAACAAGCAUCACCGCGGCCCAAGAGUUUAUUCAUCAUGUACACAAGAGCAUAGCCUGAGUGAUAUCUACAAACUGAUACACGCACACACACAGUGAGCACUGGUUGUUUCGGUGUGAAUGUGAGGGUGAUGUCUCAGCAGUGCUACACGCUAUUCUUAUCGCACUGACGCCACUUACAGCGUCAACACACCCUUACUCCCAUCCAGUCAUCCCCCUCCACCACCACCACCCUUAUCCUGUUCUAUCUAGUGUCUGAGUCGCGCAAUUUGCAUCCUCCUCUGUUACACACUCAGUGUCCUCUACACAUGGAUGCUAUUAAUAAAUCAUUUGCUCCGCUCACACCACCUUGUGUUCAUUACGAGGUCAUUUCACGUGUCAGCUACAUCCUGAUCGAGGGAGGAGCAGGAGAGGAAGUAAAAUGAAGUGAGUGUUAAGACAAUUUCAGCUCGAGAUUCCAUUUUAUACAGUUGAACCUCUAAGGUUUCAUAAGAAAUUAUGGAAACAGUGUAAUUUACUGUACGGGCAAUGUUUUAACAUUAACUGUGAUACACACAUGAAAAAGAACCAAAGCAAAACAUAAAAAGAAUAAUAAACACAAUACAAGAUUAUCUUUAAUAAUGCCGUCUUACAGCUUUGAAUGUGCCUUUACAGUCUUGGGCUGGGUAAAUUGCUUAUUUGUUUGAGAGAAAAGUUUUGUUUUCUAGAAAAAAAAUUCAUAGGACAGGUCUCGAAAAAAAAUAAGUUGUUACGUUAUGUGAAAAAAAUGUUUUCAAGAAGGGCAUUUGUAAUGUUAAGAGGGGAAAAGUAUUUUUCAAGAAAGCAAAGCAAAUGUAUUUAUAUAGUGCAUUUCAUACACAAGGUAACUUAAUGUGCUUUACAUGAUUAAAAGCAUUUAAAAACAAAGAAAAAAACUGCUUAUAAACAUUUAAAACAAAGAGGGAAAAAAUACAAUUAAAACAGCGUGCAAGAAAUAUCCUUUAAAAGUGGAAAUGCUCUAAAAGAACAUGAGGGAAAAAAGAAGAGUUUUUAACCUGGACUUAAAAACAUGCACACUUGGGGCUGACGUCACUUCUGUUGGCAACUUAUUCCAUUUAUGUGGAGCAUAAUAGCUAAAUGCUGCUUCACCAUGUUUGCUUUGGACUCUGUGCUCCGCUAUUUGAAUGGUUUUAUAUUCCAUUAGCAUUUCAUUCAUGUACAUGAAAGUCUUACU